CGGUCGUUCCGUGAAAAGACCCAUGGGAAUGUCGGAAUGGGGGAUCUCUCCUUGUCAUCCACAUUCACAACAACAACGACGACGACGUGGUGGCAUUCCAUCCGUACGGCAUUCGGACACCGUCCGUUCCCUGCCCAACCCCGGUGGGUGACGGAAGCGGCGGCGAACGCUACCCGGGCCGCCGCUCCCUGGGGCCAGCUCUGGCAACCAGACACGGCCCCUCGCGCCGUCCGAGCCGGUCGGGUGCGCACCGUCGAGGACCUCGACCACAGUAGUAGAUAUGACAACAAGGACGACCGUACUAGUGACCUCGACGGUAGCACAAAUGACGACAACAACGACGAUACCAACAACGACGACAACAGUCUGCGACUCUGUGUCCGCAAUCAUUUGUCCAUACCCCUCGUCUGGUGUUGGAUGGAUGCCCAGGGUCGUCCCCAUCACUUUCGGAAACUCUACCCAAUGGCACACGCCGACACCGACACCGACACUGUUACCCGGGAUGAUCACGUCGAACAGACCUACACGGGACACGCCUUUGUCCUCGCCACGGAACCAUCCCCCGCCCAUUCCUCCGACACCAUUCCGUCCCUCGAUCCCUCGACCAUACUCGGGGCCUAUAGACCCCAUCGACGACGAGACCACACCGUUCACAUAUUGGAAGUCAAGGGAUGGAACUGUUGUCGACCCGGAGCACGCUCCCACGUCCGACACGGAUCCCACCGAAUCCACGCCUUUGUACCCACCGAUAUUGACAACGACGACGACGACAACAACCAGGACGACGACAACCCACUCGACGUACCCCGGUCUGUACAAUUACACUUGCACAUCGGCCGUCUCGAUCCCACACCACUGGACACGGUCCGUACAAACAAAUACGUCCAGAGUACCCUCGCGGGCUGGCCCGUCCGUUUCCAGUCCAAUUGGGACGGCGGUGACCCGACCCUCCGGGCCCGUCUCGAACAGGAUUUAACACACGCGGUACACUGCCUACCGCCCCACGCCGUGCGAACCCUGCGACGCACCACCCCACUCUGGAUCAAUCGGGACUUUCGUUACGGACCCGCCGCCUCUCCCGUACGCGCCCGGGGACUCUGUUUCCACCCCUACGCCGACUGGUUGGCCCACAACCAAUGCCAUCCCGCCAAGCAACACGGUGUCGAGCUCUACGACGCCGACGAAUACCGAAAGGAUGCGGCCCUAUGGGGAACCGGUGGUGUCCUCUUGCACGAAUUCUGUCACGCCUACCACUGUCUGUGCGUCCCACAGGGCUACGACAAUGCCGAAAUUCAGGAAUGCUACCGACUGGCCCUGGAAGAGGGACUGUACGAGAGCGUGCCCGUGCACGGCCCGCAGGGACCGCACGCACGGGCCUACGCCUGUACCAAUGCCAUGGAAUACUGGGCCGAAUUGUCCACGGCCUUUUUGGGUGGCGUCGACACCGAUACGGAAUACAACAAGUGGUUUCCGUUCCACCGGAAGCAACUCCGACAGCACGAUCCGAGAGCCUACCAAUUGUUGCAACGAUUAUGGAAGGUUCCAUGCGAUAACGAUAACGAUAACGAUACCGACGACGACCGUAUCGACAACGAGUCAAAGACUGGAGAUGUGCUGUCGAGCGGCAUCCCCACGUACUAG